UCAAGCGGCGAUGGCGGGUGCACGCGGAAUUUGUUGCUCUCGAUGUUCAGAGAAAAUUGAUAGAUAUAAAGAUUCAAUACUUUGCGUAAAUUGUGAAAGAAGUUAUCAUAUCGAAUGUGUCAAGAUAUCAGUGGAAGAUUUCAGCCGAAUUCGUCAAGAUGGAAGUGUUAGUGAGUGGAGAUGCAAUGAUUGCUCCCAGUCAAAGAGUACAAUGGAGAUCAUGAAGCAAUCGUCAGACUCUGCUGGAUUUCUAGUUACCAAGGAAGAAUUGCUAAAUUUGAAAUUGGAGAUUGUGAGUGAUAUUACUUCAGUCUUCAAAAAUGAGUUAAAGGACUUGAGGAAAUUGGUUAAUUCGCAAAAUAAACAAAUUGCCGAUUUAAAAAAGGAGAUUGAUAAUCUCAGAAAUGAUAAAGUUGUUAUCAGAGCGGGACAUGUGGAUACUCCGUAUGUCCCACCCGCUCGGAAUGCCGUAUGUGAGUCAUUCCUAACUGAAACAGAAGGUAAACAAACCGAGCUACGAAAUUCUAACCAGAUUGUCGAUAUUGACACAUUAAAGACAGCCGAAGCGGAAAAUUCAGGUUUGACAUCAGCCAGCAAUAACAACCCAAAUAUAAACAAAGGAGAUUUGACAGAAUUUACAGAAAGAGAAGAUCUUGCAACGAAGUGGACAACAGUGACAAGAAGGGAAAGAAAAACAAAGAAAAGCAGUGAAUCUGAAUCGACUCGAAAUACAGUACAUAGGAAAACAAGAAGGAGUAUUUUAUGCACCGGAGACAAUAAACUAGACGAUAAGAUAAAAGGCGCCAUUAGGAGAAAAUGGAUUUACGUGGGAAGAAUUGCCGGUUCUGAUGUAACAGCUCAAGAUGUGAGGAACUUCCUUUCGAAUCUUCCUGGAUAUGAAACAAUUGAAAUAAAUAAAUUAACAACGAAAGGUACAAACUCGGCUUUCAGUAUUGGAGUGCCUGAAGAAACAUACAAUCUGACGGUGACUAAUCGUGAGCCCACUCGUAUAACUCCACACUCGGCCACCUGCCUUGAUAAUGUAAUAUCUAAUCUGGAGGGCACUACAACUGUCCAGGAAGAGCAUAUGGCUGAUCACUCGGGGCUUAAAUUCAUUUUUCAGAAUGGACCAUUACCUCUUGAGUCAGUAGUGAAGAAAAAGGUGAGAAUAUUUAAUGACAACACACACCAACAUUUUGAAUGUCUACUCAAGAAGGCGGACUGGUCUAGUGUUUACCUUCUGCCAGAAAAUAAUGUGGAUGAAAUGUGGAAUUCCUUUUCCGAAAUUUUCGGCAUGAUUUAUAGUAUUGCUUUUCCGGUGAGGACAGUAAACAGGUGCAAGAAAAACAAAUUUCAGAACUCUCCAGAGGUUAAAUCAUGGAAGCGGUUAGCGGAUGCUCUGUUUGUGGUUUCUAGGUAUAGACCCGACAUGAUGGAAAAUUAUAGAUAUGCAAAAUACAGAUACGAUAAAGCAAUUAUUUAUAAUAAACAAUUUCAUUAUAGGAGGAUCAUUGAUGGAGCUGAUAAUAAAUCGAGCGCAGUCUGGAAUGUCAUAAGGCAGAUAACCAAGAAGAAGAGGACAUCUGAUGCCAAACUCCCAGCGCUAAGCGAAGAAGGUAAUCUGGCGGAGGCUGCAGAUGCAUUCAAUAGAUUCUUUACGAAUCUCCCACCGAGACAAACUGGAGGCCCAGAGGUCAAUGUUAACAGCGCUAUUCCAGAACGAACACAUAAAUCCCUCUAUCUAUUCGACGUUACUGAAUCAGAAAUAUUGUCAGUUGUAAAAAAUAUGAAGAACAAGAAUAGUUGUGGUCAUGAUGGUGUCCCUAUGACUGUAAUCAAACGACAUAUUUCAAAUAUUUUAAGACCUCUUUGUUAGAUAAUCAACUGU